AUGGAUUUCGACGACAUUGGCAGCAAGCUUGCCAAUCUGACCAUGUACGACGUCAAGUCACUGUACCGUCAGGCGAGGAACUAUGCUCUCAACGUCAGCGAGAUCGAGGCCAAGGUCGACGAGGCUACCAACGAUGAUCCAUGGGGUGCCAGCUCCACUCUGAUGCAGGAGAUUGCGCAGGCCACCAACAACUUCCAAGACUUCAACGAGAUCAUGCCCACCAUCUAUCGCCGCUUCAUGGAAAAGGAGGCGCGUGAGUGGCGUCAGAUCUACAAGGCGCUGCAGCUGCUCGAAUACCUGGUCAAGCACGGUUCCGAGCGCGUAGUUGACGAUGCCCGCUCUCAUCUGGCUACCAUCAAGAUCCUGCGAAAUUUCCACUACAUCGACGAGAAAGGCAAGGAUCAGGGUAUCAACGUACGAAAUCGUGCCAAGGAGCUAGCCGAAUUGCUUUCCGAUGUAGACCGCAUCAGACAGGAGAGAAGGAAGGCCCGCAGUAACAAAACCAAGUACACUGGCGGGGGCAAUGGGGAGUUCGUGCCGGGUAGCGGCACAGGUCGAUACGGUGGCUUCGGAAGCGACAGUUACUGGGCUGGCGGCGGAGCUGCUCCUGGCGCUGGCAGCUCUAGCGGUGGCGGCCGUGGUGCUACUGCUCGUGACAGCUUCGAGGAGUACGAUGCUGGCGAUUACGAGGAAACUCCUUCUGAUCGUCCAAGGCCUAGCUCGAGCACAGCCCGUGCUGGUGGUUCCCACUCUCAGACCUCUGCACCUGCCAAGAAGGAAGCACCAAAGGUCGCUGAUCUUUUCAGCUUCGAUGACGACGACGACCAGCCAGCUGCUGCAGCAGCUCCGGCUGUCAAGCCGACGCCUGCAGCCGCGCCUGCGCCUGCCAAUGAUGCGUUCGGUGACGACUUUGACGACUUUCAAGGUGCUCCUGCAGCGCCUGUCAAGACUGCCACGACGCCGUCCGCUCAGCCGCAAGCAGCCUCAUUCGACUUUUUCGAUUCGGCACCAGCUGUCGCUCCUUCAGCUCCCAAAUCCGCCGCUUCGAGUGGUGUCAUGUCGCCCAUUCAGUCUUCCAAGCCAACUACGCCCGUCGCUACCGCUGGAAACACUACUGCUGCCUCGCGACCUGCAGCAUCUACCAACUCAUCAUUCAAUUUUGACGACCUUUGGGCCGCAUCCUCGGGCAAGACCAAUACGGCUGGAAAGCAAAAGAUGUCCAUGGCCGAGAUGGCCAAGAACCAGAGUUCGAGCGCUCUGUUCGCUUCGUCCUCGGCAGCUCAGCCUGCGGCUCAGCAGGCCCAGAAGAAGGAUAUCUUUGACUUGCUCUAG